GUUGUUAAAAUAUAUUUCUUGUUUAAUCUUUUCUUAAGCACCAAGAAUCUUUGCAGACAGGUCAAAAUGAUUCAAAUGUGCUAGGUUUUUUUUCUUUUUUUUCCUUUUUAGAUUUUUCCAAAGUCCUUUUGACCUGUCACUCAUUACAGCGGAUUCUUUCUUCCUACAUGAGUCUAAAAGGAUGGACAGAUCUGUUCUAACAAAGUAUGACCCUGUGCACGGUGUCCCAUGUGAUGUUGCUGCCACCCUGUCCCAUGCAUGCUCCCAGGUGGCUGCACGGUGUGUGUCGGUGAGUAGCAGCAUUGGUGCCCACGCCUGCGCACUGGUAGAGAAAGUCCUCCUUUGCUAUCCAUGGUGUGGUGAGUAAUUCAGCCAUAAUCCGCCUUUCUCCUCUCCCCUCUUCUUUCCCCUCUCCUCUCCCCCUCUCCUGUGGUUCCAUUCAUAUUCUAAUCACAGCUUUCGCUUCUCCAGCUCUCAGGCACUCCAUCAGAGCCCUCCCAGCCUCGGGCUUUGCACUUUUACUUCCCCCCCUUUGUGACCGUUCCCUCUUCUCAGAGGCACACCAAAAAUAAGGUUGCCACAGCAAAAAAGUGAGUGAAAAACAGGUGAGAAAAUCACCAAAAAGUCCGCACUGGUGGCAUUUUUAGCAUGUUUGAAUGUGUCAGGGCACACGAUUUGUCGAUUCUGUGAAAAAGUUAUCAACUAGAUGAUUUAAUGGUGGAAUGAGGUGAGAAAUAGACCAAAUGUGGCAACAAGUGUCCGUGGGAUAUGAAAUGGGAGUUAAAAUGAGAAGAAAAGGCAGGAGCGGCGGUUGUGUAGGGAUGUAUGUUUAUAUGGAACUCUGGGGUGUAUAAAAACGUAUUAAAUGCCAUAAUGGAAGACGGGGAGGCCACAGUGUUAGGACUGCGUAGAUCUAAGCCUCUUUUUUUUUCGUUGGGAGGAAGCUUUUCUUAUUCAAAACAGCCCCACAAAAGACUUCCAGUGAGCCUUGCCACAUCCCCAUCUGACUUGGGGCCAUUCAUCAGCCUUCCAAGCCUAUCAAUGACAUGUCCCCAUCAGGGCUCCUAUAAAAUCAGCCCCUUUCCCAUGAAACAUCAGCAAACAUUUUGACGGGUCUGGCUUUCCCCCCGCUGGAUUUCUGGAGUCUCUACCCCCCUUUCCUCCCUUAUUCCCACCUCCCCCCUUCUCCUCCGCCAACACCACCCCUCUCUGGGCGAACCUCAGAUCCUCAACAUCUCUUGUGACGGGCAGUGGUCACGGAAACACAGAGCGAGACAAGGGGAGAGCCGCUGAGGAGGGGGAAACGUGCACUAAGCCAUUUUCUUGGAGGAGCCAGUGUCGUUGAUGGGAAGAGGAUGCAUUGCGGGCUGCUGGAGGAGCCUGAUAUGGAUUCCACAGAGAGUUGGAUUGAAAGAUGCCUCAACGAGAGUGAGAGCAAGCGAUACUCCAGUCACACGUCUCUGGGGAACAUGUCCAACGAUGAACAUGAAGAAAAAGAAAACAACAGAGCCUCUAAACCACAUUCGACACCGGCAACUCUGGAAUGGCUAGAAGAGAACUAUGAGAUAGCCGAAGGUGUGUGUAUCCCCCGAAGUGCCCUCUACAUGCAUUAUCUAGAUUUCAGUGAAAAGCACGACACACAGCCUGUGAACGCAGCCAGCUUUGGAAAGAUCAUAAGGCAACAGUUUCCAGCAUUAACUACCAGAAGACUGGGGACAAGAGGGCAGUCUAAGUACCAUUACUACGGCAUAGCUGUGAAGGAGACCUCUCAGUAUUACGAUGUGAUGUACUCUAAAAAGGGAGCGGCGUGGGUAAACGAGACGGGGAAGAAAGAGGUCACGAAGCAGACAGUGGCAUAUUCACCACGCUCCAAACUGGGGACGCUCCUGCCAGAGUUUCCAAAUGUCAAAGACCUAAAUUUGCCCGCCAGCCUGCCAGAAGAGAGGGUGUCAACCUUCAUCAUGAUGUACAGAACGCACUGUCAGAGGAUACUGGACACUGUUAUUCGAGCCAACUUUGAUGAGGUUCAAAGUUUCUUGCUGCACUUCUGGCAGGGCAUGCCGCCCCACAUGCUCCCUGUCCUGGGCUCCCCCACCGUGGUGAACAUAGUCGGUGUUUGCGACUCCAUCCUCUACAAGGCCAUCUCUGGGGUGCUGAUGCCCACCGUCCUGCAAGCACUGCCUGAUAGUUUGACUCAGGUUAUUCGAAAAUUUGCCAAACAGCUUGAUGAGUGGCUAAAAAUAGCACUUCACGACCUUCCUGAAAACCUGAGGAAUAUCAAAUUUGAAUUAUCCAGGAGAUUUUCUCAGAUUCUAAAGCGGCAAACAUCAUUAAACCAUCUAUGUCAGGCGUCGCGGACUGUGAUAAACAGUGCCGACAUCACCUUUCAAAUGCUGGAGGACUGGAGGAAUGUGGACUUGAACAGCAUCACCAAGCAGACACUUUACACCAUGGAGGACUCACAAGAGGAGCACAGGCAGCUUAUUAUCCACUUGUAUCAGGAGUUUGACCGUCUAUUGGAGGAGCAGUCUCCAAUCGAGGCGUACAUCGAGUGGCUGGACUCGAUGGUGGACCGCUGUGUCGUCAAGGUGGCAGGGAAGAGGCCCGGGUGCCUGAAGAAGGUGGCCCAACAGUUCCUGCUGAUGUGGUCGUGUUUUGGUACCAGAGUCAUCCGGGAUAUGACCCUCCACAGCGCGCCCAGCUUUGGGUCCUUCCACCUGAUCCACCUCAUGUUUGAUGAUUAUGUGCUUUACUUGCUGGAGUCCCUGCACUGCCAGGAGAGAGCCAACGACCUCAUGAGGGCCAUGAAGGGAGAGGGCAGCACAGAGACAGAGGAGGAAUUCACACUGACAGAAACCACCCCUGCCUCGCCAUCUCCAGGAUCGUACUCCCCCGCUCGGUCAGUCCACUCUGUGGCCGUUUCCUCGGCCAGCUCCCCCACAGCAGCCGCGUCUCCGGAGUACACCGGAGUCACCACCACCACAGGCGCUGUUCAGUCAUAUACCUGGUCCCUUACAUACACAGUGACAACAGCCGGCGGCGCCGCUACAGAGGCCGGACAGCAGCUGUCCUGUAUGAGGAGCAGUGCUCCAGUCCCACCUCCAUCCUCCACCCACCGAAUGCCUGUCUACAGAGAGGAGCACGGGUAUACUGGUAGCUACAACUAUGGCAGCUACGCCAACCAGCACCCUCACUCCAUCCAGAGCCAGUAUCCCAGUCUGGCCCAUGAGCCGGCGAUCCCAGCCCCCCUCCACUACUCUGCCUACCACCGGUCGUCUGCACAGUACCAGCUCAACGGCCAAAUGUCUCGAAUGGAGCCUUGUUUGAUGGGCAGCACUCCUCGGUUGCACCCUGCACCUGUCGCCCCCAGGUGGCCAGAUGUGUCGCCAGCUAACAGCUGUUACACCAGCCCACCUAUGCAUUCAUCCCGCUAUGCCACCUCUGGGGACAUGUACUCUCCCCUGGGCCCGCGCAGGAACUCAGAGUACGAACACUCACAGCAUUUCCCUGGCUUUGCCUAUAUCAACGGAGAGGCCACGACAGGCUGGGCAAAAUAGUCUGUAAACACAGCUCUGGACAGCUGUGUACAAGCACCAGGCCACCAAAACUGGUGAAUGCAAAGUCUCUGAACACUUCCAAUCAAGUACAUCAAAUAAGGAUGAGCAGAGAGUUGAGAGUACCGAUGCAAGGUAUUAGGAAUCAUGGGUAUGGAUGUACUGACAAUUUGAAAAGACUCUGACUCACUCAUGAUUGUGGUGUAACUUGUGCGGAGGUUUGAUGAAAUUCCUUCAACAAUUGAUGUUUUUGCUCACUGCUGGAGGAAAACAAUAAUCAAAUAAUAUAGAAUGAACUUGCAGCAAAAUCAUUUUAAGAGUGCAAUGCUGCUGCCAAGCUGUGCCUUUGUUUUAAGGAAUGUACACCUCUGUUUCCCUCGUCAGUCUCAUAACUCAGCACACAGAUCAUCCCACAAACCCCUAGUCAGUUUGGUCAAUGACUGACAGAUCAGUGUGCUGUACACUGUCACUGACCACAGUACAAUCUCAGUGACAGCGCUGUCUCCUCUUGUUGCUCAGCACUGUGCAGCAUCCUGUCACGGGCUCUCUGCAGCAGCUUUAUUUGCUGAAGGAUGUGGACGAACUGUACUGCCUUAAUGUUCUUUUGGAACACUAGUUACAUAUAGUGGCACAAAGCCAAAACAUACAACAUCAUAAGACAGAUAUAAACUCCUUGAUCAUUGUAUUAAGGUGUCUCCAUCUUGGAUAGUUUUUUUUAAUGAUUGAAUGCUGUGACUCAAAAACAACUGUGCGAGUGUAUUCUGUCGCAAGCUUUUUUGCUGUUUUCCUGUGACAAUAUACUGUAUAUACAGUAUAUAUAGUAUGUAUUUUCUGUAACUUUGUAACAUGGUGUACUUUAUUUUCUAUGUUACAAUUGGUACUUUGUUCUCUGUUUUGUAUGGUUAGUGAAAGACGCAUUAACCUAGGGUUGUGUGUUUUAUAAUGCACUCAAAGCUACUGAGGACCUAUUACCCUAUGGGUAUUUAUAAAAAAAGAAAAUUAUCAAAGUGUACAGUAACAUGAAGUCUAGUCACUUUUCUGUAAAUAAAAGCACUGGAAACCGUCUGUGGUGACAAUUUAAAA